AUGGCCAAAGACAAGGAACGCACCGUCAACCCGGCCCAGGCCCAGCGCCGCCUCGAGAAACAACGCGCCUUAAAGAAGGGAAAAGCUGAGCUACACGCCCGCCGCAAUGAGAAGCUGGCCCGCCGCAACCCAGAGCGUCUCCAGCGCCAAGUGGACGACCUCAAGGCCAUCGAGGACUCCGGCCAGCCGCUGAAACCACGCGAAAAGCAGAUACUGGAAGGCCUGGAAAAAGACCUACGCGCUGUGAGAAAGGCGCGAGAAGCCCUGGGAGACAAAGCUCCCCCGUUUGGUCGUGGCGAGAAGCGACGCGCUCCCGAACACGACAACCCGAAUCGCGCUGUCCUGGGCAAGAGGAGGCGAGAAGGACACGAGCAGCACAGGCAACACGAUGACAGCAGUGAGACAGAUGAAAGUGUUCGGAACAUACCCAUGCCACGAGACACCCCGCCCCCGAUUCCGCGUCGGCACCCACGGCGAGGCCCUCCCGACGAAAUCGAAGAUGCCAGCGAUCGACAACCACACGCGCUGCCGGAGAAACCAUCGAUAGCGGUGAAGACGGUCUACGAGUCCGCGCCGGUCAUUCGCGAUCUACGAAAAGAGGCCGUGAGCAAGUUUGUGCCUUCGACUGUCCGAAUGAAACAAGCUGCCGCGAGGGGGGAAGGACGCUUGGUAGAGCCGGAAGAGAUGGACCGCCUAGAAAAGGCAGGGUAUGCGCCAGCCUCUGUGGACUCGGGAAGCGCUUCGAUGGCGGAUACGGGGCAGGGAAAUUCGGAAGGGCAGCCAGCAUCGACAGAGGUGGAUGCAGCUACUCUCGCAGCAGAAGAGGAAAGAUUUCGCCGCGAGCUAAAACAUGUUCACAUUGAGGAUGUGGAGGAUGAGGAUAUAUGA